AAUUAAUUCAAUGGUGCUGAUAUUAUUCUUCGCCAAAUAAAUUUGCCCCAACACGUUAUCUGCCAAAAUUGCGGGAAACAAAGAAACGCAAAAUUCUGGUGUAGUGUUCAUCAUCAUCAUCAUUUAUAUAUAUACAUAUACUGUGAUUUCGUUCACCAUUGCCUGAUUGUUCAGUUUCUCAAUCGAAUUACCAUGACCGUCGCCAAUCCCUCUUCAGGUUCUAUAAAGGGUGAUGAUGGAAAACUGAGAUUGGGUUUGCCGCCAUUAACAACUAUUCUUUAUCAUUUUGGUACAAGUGGGAUUUCUGUUGCCUUGGCUACUGCUGCUACUCAUCCUUUAGAUGUUCUGAAAGUGAGGCUUCAAAUGCAACUUGUUGGUCAAAGAGGACCUUUAACUGGAAUGAGACAUAUCUUUACUCAGAUAUUGAAGAAUGAAGGUUUUGGUGCGUUGUACCUUGGAUUGACACCUGCAUUGACAAGGUCAGUUCUGUAUGGAGGAUUGCGCCUCGGUUUGUAUGAACCAUCAAAAUAUGUAUGUGAAAAGGCAUUUGGCUCCACAAAUAUCCUUCUUAAAUUUGUAGCUGGAGGCGUUGCUGGUUCUUUUGCCACUGCGCUCACUAAUCCUGCAGAAGUUCUGAAGGUUCGCUUGCAAAUGAAUUCAGACAUCAAAGUAGGUGCUAUUAGCCAAAUGCGCAAAAUUGCUUCUGAGGAGGGUAUAAUUGCUCUUUGGAAGGGUGUUGGUCCUGCUAUGGCAAGAGCAGCUGCCUUGACUGCAUCACAGCUAGCAACAUAUGAUGAAUCUAAGCAAGCUUUGACACGGUGGACGUCUCUAGAUGGAUUUCCUUUGCAUUUCAUGUCAAGCACUAUAGCUGGUGUUGCAAGCACUCUGGCCACAGCACCCAUGGAUAUGGUUAAAACCCGUCUAAUGUUGCAAAAAGAAUCUAGUGGCAGAAUUUAUAAGAAUGGAUUUCACUGUGCCUACCAGGUCAUGCGAACCGAAGGUCCUCUUGCACUAUACAAAGGGGGCUUUACAAUUUUCGCACGAUUGGGUCCUCAAACGACGCUCACAUUUGUACUUUGUGAGAAGCUGCGGGAGCUUUCUGGACUCCACGCUAUUUAAUUUGAUACAUCUGUCGGUUUCCAUGGAAGUUUUAGAUCUGGAUACACUUGCUCCAAUACAACAACACUGUCAAAGUUUUAAUCCCAAAAGAUUGGAAUCAACUAAUCCAUAGAAAUACUGCUUCAAUCCAGAUUAGACAAAAUUCUUUUCCUCCAAUUUUUGGGGUGAUCUGCUGAGGAGUUACAGAAAGAGCUCUUCUCAGUUUUGCAUUACAAGAUCACCUUAUAUUCCUUUUAUUUAUAAGCUUAUUUUAUGUUUUACUGUAUUUUUUUUAUGUUUAAUUUUGUAAUUUAUUUGUUUCCUCAUUGGGUACUCUUGAAUUUGAUAUGCAACUGUAUCGGAAUAGUGA